AGGAGGGACUGAGAGACAGCUUUAAAAUGAGUAAACAGUGAAGGCUUCACUGCAGAGUGCAGUUGGCUGCUAACACAUCGUGGGUGGGAGAUGGCACUUAAGGGAGAUUCAUAUGUCCUGUUGAACGAUGGCAAUAAGAUGCCAGUGGUUGGCUUUGGCACGUACGCUCCGCAGGAGGUACCCAAAAGUCUGGCCGAAGAAGGAGUGAAAGUGGCCCUGGAAGUCGGAUAUCGACACAUAGACUGCGCAUUAAUAUAUGGCAAUGAGGUGGAGGUGGGGCGAGCCAUCAGGGAGAAGAUUGCGGAUGGAACUGUGAAGAGGGAGGAUGUCUUCUACACCUCAAAGCUUUGGUCCACCUUCCAUACACCAGAUCAGGUCCGUACAGCUUUAGAAAAAUCCCUAAAGGAUCUCCAGCUGGAUUACAUCGAUCUAUACAUUAUUCAUAGCCCUAUAGAGCUCAAGCCUGGAAAUGAUCUGUUCCCUACAGAUGAAAAUGGAAAACUAAUUUACCAUAACACAGACAUACGGGACACAUGGAAGGCUUUGGAGGCGUGCAAAGAUGCCGGACUCGUUAAAUCCAUUGGAGUUUCCAAUUUCAACAAACGCCAGAUAGAAUUGAUCCUCAGCAUGCCGGGACUCAAAUACAAACCUGUCUGUAAUCAGGUGGAGUGUCACAUCUACCUGAACCAGGGCAAGUUGCAGGAAUUCCUCAAGUCACAGGACAUCGUACUGGUGGGAUACAGCGUGCUGGGGUCUAGUCGAGAUGAGAAAUGGAUAGAUCCUAACUCUCCCGUCCUGCUGGAGGAUCCAGUGCUAAAAGAAAUAGCAGAAAAGCUGGGAAGGACAACUGCCCAGUUGGCCAUGCGGUACUUACUACAGAGAGGGGUUGUGGUCCUGGCAAAAAGCUACACACCAGCCAGAAUUAAACAAAAUCUGCAGAUAUCUGACUUCCAACUGAGUGAAGAAGACAUGAAGACCCUGGAUGGCUUAAACAAAAACAUGCGUUAUAUACAAACUCCACAGUGGCAGGACCAUCCAAAGUACCCAUUCCACGAUGAAUAUUGAAGAAUGAUGUCACCAGCAAUUACUACUACAGAAUAGACUGGAUGCUGAUAGGUUGGCCUCACCAACACUAUCUUGAAAAGCAAAUCAUAGCUGUAAUUAUGAAUGAUAUAAAUUAAUAAACUUCAGUUUAUAUACAUA